ACUUACGGGGGUGUCGGCAGCCCGCGUGGGGAGGAGCUUGAUUGGAGGAAGUAGCCCCCUCAACGAGCAACUUACCUCCCUAAUAGUGAGUCAAUCACUGGAUCUUGAGGCCAAAUAACAUCCACUAUCGAGGAGGGGUCCACGCAACCCUCGGAUCCGCUGUGGUGGACCUCCAUAUUGGCCGUUUGGUUGCAGCUCGAAGCGGCGCGGCCGGUUCGGAAGCGAGCAUUAUGCAUUUGGACUGCAGACUGCUAUGGAAGGAGCGGUAAUGGUGGGCAGGGGGCCGACAGGGGCUGGGGUUCUCGUCCUGUCGAUCCUCGUCAUCACCCUCACCACGGAAGGCUGCAGGGCACAGAAAGGUGAUGGCUGUGGCCCCACAGUGCUGGGCCCGAGCAGUGGGACUCUCUCCUCUCUGGGUUAUCCGGCGACAUACCCCAACAACACGGUGUGCGAGUGGGAGAUCACCGUGCCUCCAGGAGGGAGGGUCCACUUUUGCUUCGCCGAGCUGGACAUCGAGGACCGCGACUGCCAGGUCAACUACCUCCGCCUCUACAACGGCAUCGGACCUGACAGGAGUGAGAUCGCAAAGUACUGCGGCUUGAACAUGAAGCUGGACCACCUCAUCGAGUCGACCGGAAACCAGGUCACCGUUCAGUUCAUGAGCGGGAUGCAUCGCACUGGGCGUGGCUUCUACUUGUCCUACUCCACCACAGAGCACACAGAUCUCAUCACCUGCCUGCAUAAAGGUAGUGAUUUCCCUGAGGCUGAGUUCAGCAAAUACUGUCCGGCCGGAUGCUUGACGUCUACGGAGGAGAUUUCUGGAACGAUACCAAAUGGAUACAGAGAGUCGUCUCCUCUGUGUUUGGCCGCCAUCCACGCGGGCGUCGUGUCCAACGCCGUGGGGGGGAGGAUCAAUGUGGUGAGCAGCAAAGGCAUCCCGCUGUACGAGGGCACACUGGCUAACAAUGUCAUGUCCACUGGAGGAUCCCUGUCAAACAGUCUCUUCACCUUCAGGACAAAUGGCUGCUAUGGAACCCUGGGGUUGGAGUCCGGCGGCGUGGCAGACAUUCAGAUCUCUGCCUCGUCUGUGUGGGAGUGGAACAACAUGGCCGGCCAGCACAGCAUGUGGGCGCCGUCUGGAGUGCGCCUAAAAAAGGCGGGCCUUCCUUGGGCGCCCUCACGCUGUGACCAACAGCAAUGGCUGCAGGUGGACCUGAAGAGACAGAAAAGGAUCACUGGCAUCAUCACCACAGGGUCCACGCUGAGGGAGUACCAGUACUACAUUUCGACGUACCGUGUCCUUUACAGUCAGGAUGGGCAGCAGUGGCUGUGCUACAAGGAAGCCAACUCUACACAGGACAUGGUCUUCAAAGGCAACAUCAACUACCUGCAUGAGGUGAGGAAUAAUUUCAUCCCCCCCAUGGAGGCUCGCUAUGUGAGGAUCAAUCCCACACAGUGGCACCAGAGGAUCGCAGUCAAGUUGGAGCUGCUCGGAUGCCAAGUGGCUACAACCAGGAGGGCGAUGGAGCCCAGGAUGUUCCCGAAUCCCCGUCUCACCCCUGCGCGCCCGGCGACCACCAAACGCCCACGUAUGAUCGGCAAGACCACCCCACCUCCAGACAUCAGAAACACCACCAUGCCUCCUCACACCAACAAAGAUGCGGCCCUGGCCGCCGUCCUGGUGCCUGUCUUGGUCAUGGUGGUGAUGGCACUCAUCCUGCUUGCGGUCUGUGCUUGGCACUGCAGGAGUCGGAAGAAAAGCUCCGAAGGAACAUAUGAUCUUCCUCACUGGAAUCGCACUGACUGGUGGAAAAGUAUGAAGCAGCUGCUGCCAUCCAAGAUGGUGGAAGCGGAUGAUUCGGUCCGCUACUGCAGCAGCGAGGUUGGCCGGAUGACGGCGAGAGGCGCCGUUUCACGAUUACAUGCUGAACCCGCAGAGUACGCCCAGCCCCUGGUGAGCGGCGUAACAACAUUGGGUGCACGGUCCACCUUCAAACCCGAUGAGGGUCCCGACCCGGGAUACAGCGACCCCGACCUCUACGAUGCACCCAUCUCACCGGACGUGUACCACGCCUACGCCGAACCCCUCCCGGCCACGGGGGCAGAGUACGCCACGCCCAUUGUAGUGGAUAUGGGGUGCCACCCAUCUGGAGUCCAACCCUCCACGGGGGGCGGUUUCUCAAGCGGCGGGCCCAGCCAGCUGUCGGCACAGACAGACAGCUGCCAGUCGGGGAGGUCGGCAUACGACACGCCCAAAAAUGCUGCUGCCGGACAGGGUGCGCCCACCGGGGACAUAACCUAUCAGGUGCCUCAGGGGGCGGAGCUAAAAAGAGGGGGGCGCUAACGAACACUAAGUGAUAGUGGUCCCUGCCACGUGGAGGCACCCAUUCCAGUCGGAUCACUGUAACCAUGAAUGUUUGGGCCUUGGCGGUGGAUAUCGAGGCAGGAGCGUAGAAAAUAACAAACGCGGAGACUACUGGUUGACUUUUUUUUUUUUUUUACCCCCGUGAUUCUGUGAAGCUGUGAUUUUCUGUUACAAACUUAAAUGUGAUAAUUGCAGACACACACACACACACACUGACGUCCUCCUAAAUAAGUUAUGCACGGUACGCAUCGUCUUACGUCUUAACUUGAAAUUGUGUACAGUUCUUGACAUUACAUCGCUGCAAAACCUCUUAAUAGGACCCCCCCGCUAUUUAUUUUUGAAUUCACAUCCUGCUGAUGAGGAGACGGCGUCAACCCACCGCCCCCAGCCUGCAGACCAAAUGUUGCCUUUUUUUUAUCACCACAAUGAACAUUUAAAGUCUUAACGUGAGAAAUAAAGCAAACAGUUGAAUGUUGUAGUAAAACAAAACUAAAAGGUACUGUGCUAAAAUCACUUGCUUGUAUUUUCUGCUUGUGUGUUUUUAUUUUGUGGGAGUGGCUUAACAUUGUUGGUCUUGUUUAUAUUAUAUAUUGUUCGGGAGCGCUGGUGGUGGUCAUUAAAGAGACUUUGUCACUUUUGAUUUUA